AUGAUGGAGCCUGACACCAAGGAUAGGUUUGAGGAGCUGCAGAGGUUAAUGGAAAGGUCCGAGGAAAGAAUGGAGAAGCUCCUAUCAAUGAAUCGGACAGUUACCAACCAUUUCGUGCAAAGGUUGGAGUCAUUGGAAGCCCUCAUCGGGAGCAACAGUCAGUCUGAGGAGACUACCAACAAGGAGUCAUUUGAACCCAACCCAGCACCCAGACCACACAGGACGGGGUCAUUCCUAGGUCAAAACACACAAUCAUAUUUGAACUACGAGAAGUAUGUGACCCCUACCAGGCCGAGGUACAGUCAGCCCUAUGAAGGAAUACCUAGGGACACCAAAUAUGACGUCAAGAACAUGGGGGAGCCUUCCCCUGGUCAGUCUAAACCACUUUCCACCCCUUUCCCAAAGUUCAAUCUGAGGGAUGUGGAGAUCUUCCUGAUCAAAGCUGAAACAUGGUUUGCAUUCAAUCGAGUCUAUGACCACAAGAGCAUGAUCCAUCACAUGGGACAACGCUUGACUGAACAAUACAACCCCUGCAAUUCAAGAAUCAAAGCUUACAACAAGCUACUCAACAUGCGACUCACAACUGACACACCUGGUGCAGCUACUCGACAUGUUGAAUGGUUCAGGGACCUUGAAGGGCAAGUCAAUAUGGAGGACAGGGACUUGGUUAUUGACUUAUUCCGAAGUACCCUCACCCAUGGUCUUCAGGAGAAGUUUGAGCGAAACCCACCUACAAGUAUUUGGGAAUGGUAUCAAGAGGUAGAGGACAUUGAUCGUACUUCAUACCAAUUUGGUAAUCGUCCCCUGCCUCCUCACCUGUUACAAGCCCAGAAGCCAAGGGAGGCUAACCCUCAGGACAGCAACACUUGUCACAUGUGCAGAGGCACAGGACAUUGGGCAAGGGAUUGUCCUACUAGGAAACCUCCCGUACCAACGACAACCAGACCUAAUGGUCCAAAAGUCAUGGUGACCUUAGAAGAUGCCCCUGAGGGAGAAUCAACUCCUGAGGAGGAAAGCACGACUGAAGAAGAACCGCAAGAUGCAUAUUCAGUCAAGCAAGCCAGCCUCGAGCUCGCUCAGUUAUCUCUCGCCGACGAGGCAGAGAGCAAUUAUGAGGAGGACGAGGAGGGAAACAUCAUGCUUGAGUUAAUGGGUACGAUCCAAGAUCACCUGGCCCGAAUACUCGCUGACACAGGCGCAGGCUUAUCCAUAGUUUCAGAAUCUUUCGUCAGCAAGUACCACUUAAACACAAAACCAACAAAAACACGAACUGUACAUGGUGUCACUGGACACAAACUCACCAUUAACAGCUCUGCUACGGUGCAGGUAGUUAUUGGAAAACAUGUACUAGGGGCGGUGGAGGCAUCAGUAGCCAACACUGCUGAGUAUGACCUCAUUCUGGGUUUCUCGGAAUUGAAAAGGUUGAGACCAAUGAUCCAGUGGGAUACUGGCCAACUCAAAUUCAAGACCCAAGCUCAGAAGGACCAACCAGAAGACGGAAAGAUUGAUCCAAGCAGCUCUGGAGGAUGGCCCUAUUGGGUACAUGCUGCUAGACACUCCGCCCUCAUCCCUUCCGGCAUUCAGAUUUGUGCCUACUGGAGCUGA